AUGGCAUCUCGUGGCAUACAAGCUGCACGGUUCUUCAGUUCUGCUGCCCCGUUACUAACACUACCCUGCACCAGUGGUAAAACCACCAUGAAGGCCGUAGUCAUUAAUGGCGACCAAGCGCGACUCGACCAUAGCUGGUGUUUACCAAGACAAUCAGACGACAUGCUCCUCGUCCGACCAGUAUCCGUGGCACUAAACCCAACAGACUGGAGACACAUUCGGGGCUGCAGAGCAAAAGACGGCUGUAUCGUAGGCUGCGACUACGCAGGCGUUGUUGAGUCAGUCGGGCCAGCCGUUACCAAAAAAUGGAAGUUAGGCGAUAAGAUAUUCGGCGUCGCCCAUGGAGCAAAUCUUGUCAACCCUGAUGAUGGCGCCUUUGCCGAGGUGAUAUCUGUUAUUGGAGACUUGCAGAUGAGGAUGCCGGAUUCACUGAGCUUCCAACAAGCUGCGACUUUGGGUCUUGGAACAGGAACUGUUGGACAGGGCCUUUUUCAGAAAAGCUUGAAGCUGAAGCUACCCAGCCCGUCAGUGUCGGCCGUGAUCAAGCAUGAUGAGCCAGUUCUGAUCUACGGCGGCGGUUCUGCGACUGGGGCACUGGGCAUUCAGUUUGCCAAAGAAGCUGGAUAUAUAGUCAUCACAGUCUGCGCGCCCGACCAAUUCGAGUACGCCAAGAACUUAGGCGCACAUUUCGCCGUCGACUAUAAAGAUCCCGAAGCUGGACCCAAGAUCCGAGAAUACACGAAUAACAAGCUGCGACUUGCAUGGGACACCAUCAGCAUCCAGGACUCGGCCCGCAUAUGUGCUGAAGCUCUUACCAGCUGCUCAUCAGCAAACCCUGUAUAUGGCAGCCUUCUUCCGACCAAGAACCCACGCGCAGACGUGACCUCGAUCGCGACAGUGUUUCAUACAACUUUUGGUCGGAGCUUCAAUUUCGGUGGACAGCAUAUGCCAGCUAGCAAGGAAGACUAUGAGUUCGGCAAGUCAUUUUAUGGUCUUGCGGAGCAAUUGAUAGCGCAGGGUCGAAUUCGACCGCAUCUGGGCCACGUUGGAGAGGGCGGAUUGAAAGGUGUGAUAGAUGGCUUGGCUAAACUGGAGGCCGGCAAGGUCCAGGGCGAGAAACUUGUCUAUAAUGUUGCAGAUACGCCUUAA